UCAGUUCAAGUCGUGUUGGUUUCGUGUAACGUCUACUCUUAGUUUACAAUGUUACGGAUAGUAGGAAAAAUAUUUAUAAUUUUAGGUUUAAUCUUGAACGCUUCGGGUCGAAGAAUUAAACCAUUUGAAAUAGGAAAGCAGUUGUUUCUCAGCCGAAGAGUCGUUACUGAAACUGCUGAGUUCGAUGGUGGUAUACUAGUGGAUGAAAAAGGUAUAAUAGAGAGCGUCUUGACAAGAGAAUCAGUGGAUACGCUUCUCAGUGGUUCUAGGGAAUCACUAAAGGUAUUUGAUGGCGGAAACUUGGCGCUGAUGGCUGGUGCAAUUGAUUCUCAUGUGCACGUCAAUGAACCUGGACGAACUUCUUGGGAAGGAUUUGUAACAGCGACGCAAGCAGCCGCCGUGGGAGGGUUUACAACUAUUGUGGACAUGCCUCUAAAUUCUAUCCCACCUACAACGACUGUAGAGAAUUUAAAAAUUAAAGCAUCCGCAGCGAAAGAGGAAAUUUUUGUUGAUGUUGCCUUUUGGGGAGGGGCUAUUCCUGGUAAUGAAGAUGAGUAUUCUCGUAUGAUCGAAGCUGGGGUAGUAGGCUUCAAAGGAUACCUUAUCGAUAGUGGUGUAACAGAAUUUCCAUAUCUAGAGACUGAAGACAUAAGACCAUUAUUUGACGCAUUAAAUGGAACUGAUGUUGUUUUAGCAUUUCACUGCGAGUUGAAUGACUCAAACUAUAAAGAUAAUUACAACAGAAACGGGUACUAUUCAGACCCACGUCUCUACGAUACUUACUUGGCUACACGACCGGAUCAAUUGGAGCUAGAUGCUGUUUCCUUAAUUGCAAAAUAUAUAGAACAAUAUAAUAUCCACGUCCACGUAGUUCAUGUCUCAGCUCAAGGUGUUAUACCAAUUCUCGAGGAAGCUAGAGAGAAAAGAAUACAAUCUGGCAGCACGCUAUGGCGCGGUGGGGUGACUGCGGAAACCUGUCACCACUAUCUCACAAUUAGUUCCGAACAAAUCCCCCCAGGACACACAGAGUAUAAAUGUUCCCCACCAAUCCGAAAUCAAACCAACAAGGAUAAAUUAUGGCAGUACAUUAAAGAAAACAGGUUUGAUUUAAUUGCAUCUGAUCACUCCCCAUCGGUGUCCAGUUUGAAAGGACCCAACUUUUUAACGGCGUGGGGAGGCAUCUCGUCUAUUCAAUUUGGCGUUUCCUUAUUCUGGACAGAAGCUAAGGCUCGUGGAUUUAAAUUGAGUACUCUGAGUCGAUAUUUAUCGUCAGGACCAGCAAUGCUAACUGGUUUGCGAACAAAAGGUAUGCUGAAACCAGGCUAUGAUGCAGACCUCAUCUAUUUCGAUCCAGAGGCUUCGUUUGUAGUUACACCUGAAAUAAUCACAUAUAAAAACAAGAUAAGUCCGUACAUGUACAGAGUUUUACAAGGGACAGUAGUUCAUACAUUUCUCAGAGGACAGCUUAUCGCGACCGGUGGAGAGAUUGUAAACGAUCCACAAGGAGAGUUAUUACUGAAUGAAGACCUUGUGUUCGAUUAAAACAAUUAGUUAUUGUUUAAAACGUUAUAAUACAGAUUACUUUUAAUCUAUCAUGCAAUUCUAGAUUAAGAACAAUUUAAUUUGUAAAACAGGAAAAGAAAAAUAAAGCAUUGAA